AAUGUCCAGUCUAAAGUAGCAAUGUUUGCAUUGUUGGAGGUAGAUAAACAUCUUAAUGCCUAGUGCUGAUGCGAAACUGUGUGCGUAUUGUAUCACUAAGUCAGGAUAAGGAAAGAAAGACGCAGUUAUGUUAAAAUAGGUAGAGUCGCUGAAACUCAUUUUGAAAGUAUUUAUACAUCAAACCUUGUGCUAGGUGCGUCCAGGUUAUUCAUUCUGGAUUAUGUGAGUUAUUACUUGCAAUGUGCAUUUAAUGUGCGAUUAAAUUAUAUUCUUCGUUCAAAAAACGACAAUACGAAUUCAAUCUAAACGUUUUGGAAAUUUGAAGGAUUUGAUGUUUUCAUCGAUCUGGUAUUUGUAUGUGUUGUCAUGGAUGAGAAUAAAACUCAUUCUUCGAUGGAUAAAUUUAGAAUAGUUAGAGGAUAUUAAAGGACUUCUUGCUAUUACGGACAAUAUGCAGAAAAGAACACAUUAUACUGAUACUAGUAUGCGAUUGUGAGCAUAUGUUCUUGAUGUAUUGAUGGAAAGCAAGCGAUUUCAUUAGGUCCAAUACGCGCCGCGACGAAUUUGGAUAUAAUGGAUAAAAAGUGUGGUAAAUCAGCAUGAAACACUGACGAGAAAGUGAAAGAAAAGAUGAGACACAGACAAUGCCAACACUCACAAUGAUACUGCGGUUGUAAGGCAAACAUGAAAACAUGCGUCGUGUUGACUAUAGUUGGAACUGUCUUGGUUGUCAUGGCAAACCUGGGGAUUACUGUGAUACCUCCUGCACAUCACCGGAAGACCGUAUAUCAACACAUACAAUACUGGAAUAGACUGCGCAAGUUCGCCUCCUUGAUAAAGACGUACAACCUGUCCCAUCACUUCGAGAGACCCGGCAUCACAGUGUUCGUACCCGUGUCCUCCUCCAACGAUGUAUUCCUUACCGAGGCCGCCUGGUUUGGUUACAACACCAGUGAUCGUGCAACCGUGGAAAGCAUACUUCUAUAUCACAUAGCGGACUCGGUAACGAGUGUAGCUGAUAUGUCCUCACGGAAAUCCGCGAUGACUCCUCUCGAAGGACAGAGGCGGUGGUAUUUCGGAAGUUACAACUACGGAGACUCGAUAGUACACACCGUCAACGGAGCCUGGAUUCUGACCGCAGACAUUCUGGCUAGCAAUGGAAUAGUUCACCUAGUUGACAGGUUCCUGAUACCAAUACAGUCCAACAAGACGGUCGCAGAUUACCUGGAACAUCCGGACAUACAGAGGUUUUCAUUCCAAUCAAUAAGGUUGGCAUCUAUCAUCGACCUGCAACUAAAGUCUGCAACGAACUCUUCAACGAAUCGCUUCACCGUGUUUGCUCCUAAUGACUCCAACAUAAACAUAAUGUCGGACUUUGGCAAGGAUAUUUUGUUUAAUGAUACGGCUUUGCUGAAAUCGGUAUUUUGGGCCCACACGAUCGAGGACGAAACGGUGUAUAUCCCCAGGAUGGGAACCAUUCCCAACUACCCAGCAAAGGCGGGCAUACUGAAGUUUUACCGCGUUGGAUCCGAUGUGUACGUGUCGAACAAUAAGGUUCGAGCUCGUGUUGUGCAGCCGAACAUCCCGGUACAAAACGGGGUCAUCCACGUUAUCGACGAUCUGCUUUUCUUUGUGUACAGAAACUUGCGGCAGACGAUCGAGCAUCAGCAAAAGAUAAGUUUUAUACAAGGCAAUCUUCACGGUCUAGACGCGGAAAUCGUGACCGAACUCACGGAUAAAACACGCAAAAUGACGUUGUUCCUUCCAACAGACGACGCCUUUGCAAAGCUGCCCCAACAUAAACAACAUUCAAUAGACAAUAAUGGAACUCACGUUUCUCGGUUAUUCCAGGACCACCUUAUUAUGUAUGCAGAGCGGGCCAUCGAUUCUUUCCAAGACGGGGAAACAUUCUCGACCGCAGACGGCGCAAUAUUGACCGUGAAGAAGAUUCAAAAUGUCGUAUACGUGGAAGGCGGUGGUGUCCGUGCCAAGGUGACCACUCCGGAUAUCGGCUGCACCAACGGCGUCAUACAUCUCGUCAACAGUGUUCUCUUCCAGCGUGACUUCACCAUCUGGGACGCAAUCAUAGGCAUCAACCAGCUGAGCAAAAUGAAGCAAUUGAUUAGCAAGAACCAGGACCUAAUGGCGACAUUGAGCGCUACAAGAAAUGGACCCAUGACGGUGUUCCUGAUUAGCGACGCUGCCUUGAACAAAAUCCCUAGCGACACGUUCGAACAAUUUACGUCCAACUACAAUUUGAUACUCGACGCGCUGCAUGGAUCGAUUGCACCCGGGGUUAUCCUGAGCUCCACCCAAAUAACGGGCGAGAUGGAGGUACCUACGUUAGCGGGCAAAACUAUCACACUGCAUCCAACCGAGACAGGUUUGUUCAUAAUCGGAAGUCGGAUUCGAGCUGAUGUAGUUAUCGAGGACAUCUGGUGUUCUAAUGGCGUCUUACAUAUCACAGAUAACCUUCUGCACCUUCCGACCAGGAACAUUGUGAACGAAAUGGCGGUGCAACCCGGACUUGGGGUUAUGGCGGGAAUUAUCGAUGUCAUUCCGUCUCUGAAACAAAUCCUUCAGGACACGAGUAAAACGUUCACCAUGUUCGUUCCCAGUGACGACGCGUUCACACUGCUACCCACCCAUCGGGCUCAGAAGCUGCAAGACCCCAUCUUACUGCAACAUAUCGUUCGCUCACAUGUUAUUUUAGGCUCUUCAUAUUUCCUGGAGCAGUUACGUGAUUACUCGAAAUUUUCAUCUCUGACAGGCGAUCCGCUCUUUGUUCUACGUGAACAAGAGAAAGUUUUCGCGGUCAGUUGCAAUGUCCGUGGGAGCGUCAUCAGGUCCGACAUCCGCUGCAGUAACGGGAUCAUCCACGUGUUGGACACGCUGUUACAGUUUCCCUUCUGGACCGUCGCCGAAACCAUUGAGAAAACCAACAACCUCUUGCCCUUUCACGACAUGAUAAUGAACGUGGAUGACCUCUACACGUGGUCCAACUCGCACGACACGAAUCUCACUCUGCUGGUUCCCAGUGCCAAGUUUAUAGCAAGCCUCUCAAACUUCCACCGAAGUUACAUAAGCGCGGAGCCAGACAUGGAUAGAAAGUUAUUCAACAGCCACGCACUGCCAUCUAUCACGUUAAAUCAAGCGAACAUGGACGCUAUGUUCACUGGCAGCCGAGUGUUCUACACAGAGAAUCGCUACAAUACGACCUUCACCUUUGUUAAUGUGGACCCUACCAAUAGAACGGAAAUUACUUCGGUUGAUAUCGGUUACACGAAUCUCAGACGGUCUUUCGACCUGGUGCGUGACGGCAUCGCGUGUAGUAACGGCAUUAUCUACGUCAUCGACGGCUUCCUGAACUUCCCGCUGCAUGACGCUCAUUUUGAGUUGACGCAUCAACCAGAUAUUAGUCUUGGAAGCGAUCAGCUGCUGAAGCUCAUUACGAGCGACACAGGUAUCGAUCUGACGUCAUUGAAGACCAUGUACACGGUGUUCGUGCCCUCGGACUCCUCGCUUGACCCCCAGCAUCUCAGUAGGCUGGACCUGGAGUACAUAAACACCAACCUCACUAAGGAGGCGAAGAUGGCGAUCGUUCGCCGCCAUAUCGUCCCCAACCAAAAGGUGGAUUACGACACCAUCAUCGACGGCUCCUUCAGCGCUUACGCAGGUAGCAGAAAUAUCACAGUGGUAGCUAGAACUGACGGGUUUUAUCUCCGUUGGGAGGACAUCGAAGCCAAGAUCGUCAAACCAAACAUUUUAGCCAUUAACGCAAUAAUACACGUGGUGGAUCGGUUCCUCAUGACGUCACCGUACCAGACCACCACACUUCCGCCACCGACAUCGACGACAACUCAAAAACCUGUAUCAUCCGGUCAUACUAUCCACAGCUCAGUUCACGCCCAUUAUGCCCCAUUAAAUAUUUAUUUCGCGUAUUUCAUUUGUCUCGUGUGUUCACAAGUUGUCAAGUGUUUACAAGUCAGUAGAUGAUGCAGGUGAAAUACUUUAUUAAUUGUUUCUUUUUUUCCUUGAAAUACGUUGUGUUAUAUUUUGUUUUGUUGAUGCAUACUUGAUUAUGUAUUAUACUUUAAUUUGUUCACGGUCCCUUUAUUUCAAGAAACGAUUGAUUGUUUAUUUUUGUUUGCUUGUUUAUUUUUGCUUCCUGAACAAGUGUUAAUAUUGUGUUGCGAUCAAACAAUCGUCUUCCAUUCCCUCGAAUUGUUCAGAUUGUGUUUUAAUACUUAUAUUGUUUGAAAUAAACAUGUGUUCAAUUAUUUACCUAUGAGUAAUGUAUUAGCAGCAUGAAACAUGUAUUGUUUUAAAAGUAUUUUGUGAUUAUGACAUGUUUGACUGUUUGAACGAUUUUAGUUAUAAAUAUUAAUACUAAUAAACGAUUUCCGGAUG